UUUACUACCAACAAGGAUCACAAGUAGAAGAAUAUUGAGUACAACUUGAUAUCAAGACUGCUCUGGAUUAUCCGCGAAAUCUUCUUGUGAUAAAAGUGACGCUUAUCGUCAAUAUUUACAGAAAAAGCUAGCGAAUUCGGAGUGGUUCUAAAUUAGUUCUCUCCGAAUUCCAAUUGAAAUAAUUAAAGAAAAUGGCUUUUCGCGACCGUGAUCGUAAUGACAGACGGGGAACAGGCGGCGGGGGAGGUGGAUCUCGCGGUGGAAGUAGUGGUGGAAGUCGUUUUGGGAAUAGAGAUGGAGGAUCCCGUUUUGGAAGCAGUCGUGAUAGUGGAUUUGGCAAUAAUUCUUUUAAAAACCGCCAGCCAGGCGAAAGAUUGCGAAAACCUCGCUGGGACUUGAACAAUUUACUUCCAUUUCGUAAAGAUUUUUAUCAACCACAUCCUAAUGUUGUUUCUAGGAACCCCCAUGUAGUUGAUUCUUACAGAUCAUCAAGAGAAAUUACAGUAAAAGGAUCAGGAAUACCAGCACCAAGUAUCUAUUUUGAAGAAGGGGGAUUUCCUGACUAUGUUAUGGAUGAAAUUAGGAGACAAGGUUUCAACCAUCCGACAGCAAUUCAAGCUCAAGGUUGGCCUAUAGCUUUAUCGGGUCGUGAUAUGGUGGGAAUAGCUCAGACUGGCUCCGGAAAAACAUUGGCCUAUAUUUUACCUGCAAUAGUUCAUAUUAAUCAUCAGCCUAGACUUAAUAGAGGUGAUGGACCUAUCGCACUUGUUCUUGCUCCUACAAGAGAGCUUGCUCAACAGAUCCAACAAGUUGCUGCUGAUUUUGGGAUCUCUUCUCAAGUAAGAAACACAUGUAUUUUUGGAGGAGCUCCAAAAGGUCCCCAAGCACGAGAUCUAGAACGAGGCGUGGAGAUAUGCAUAGCAACACCCGGAAGAUUAAUAGACUUUUUAGAACGUGGGACUACUAACCUCAGAAGAUGUACUUACUUAGUUCUUGAUGAAGCUGAUAGGAUGUUAGACAUGGGCUUUGAACCACAAAUAAGAAAAAUAGUCGAACAAAUUAGACCUGACAGACAAACCUUAAUGUGGUCAGCUACAUGGCCAAAGGAAGUUCGGAAUUUAGCAGAAGAAUUUUUAACUGAUUAUAUUCAAAUAAAUGUCGGCUCUUUACAGCUUGCAGCUAAUCAUAAUAUUUUACAAAUCGUUGAUGUUUGUGAAGAAUAUGAAAAAGAAAGUAAACUAAUGAAAUUACUUGAAGAAAUUGCGAAUGAACCUGAAAAUAAGACAAUUAUUUUCGUAGAGACGAAAAGAAAAGUUGACGAUAUUACAAGAGCUAUAAAUAAGUUCGGCAUAUUUGGAUGGGACGCUGUUGGAAUUCAUGGAGAUAAAAGUCAACCAGAAAGGGAUUAUGUUCUUAAUCAAUUUCGGAGCAGCCGAUCAAUUAUUUUAGUAGCAACAGACGUAGCAGCUCGAGGGUUAGAUGUCGAAGAUGUCAAGUUUGUAAUAAAUCUGGACUACCCAUCAAAUUCAGAAGAUUACGUCCAUCGAAUUGGACGUACAGGAAGAUCUCAAAGAACCGGAACAGCAUAUGCAUUUUUUACUCCAAGCAAUGCACAUAAAGCUAAUGACUUGAUUCAGGUUUUAGAAGAAGCAAAACAAGUUGUCAAUCCUAAACUCUAUGAGCUUUCAAGAAAUCCUAGUCUAUUUAAACGAGGUAGAUAUGGAGGAAGAUCUAGUGGUGGAAAUAAUGGAGGAGGAGGUAACAAUAGUCGAGGGAAUAAUUCACGAGGAGGAGGAGGAGGAGGUUCCCGCGGAGGAAACCGAGGAGGCCGAGAUUCUGGAGACAGGAAUAGAUUUGAUCGCGGAAACGGAGGAGAUCGUGGAAGCAAUAAGUGGAGUGGAAAUAAUUCAGGAGGUGGUGGUAGCAGUAUGAGUGGUAGCAGUUACAAUGUUAAACCUUUUUCAUCAAACAAUUACGGAGGAAAUAGCUCCAAUAGUAAUAGUUAUGGCCAAAAUGGAAAUUCGUAUGGAAAUAGUGGAUCAUAUACUCAACGAAAUGGUUAUUGAUGAUAGAAAAAUUGAAAAUUAAAUAAAA